UAGCUUCCGGUGAGCUACUCGGCUGACUGUUAGCUUUCGUUAUACAACUUCGUAUAUUUAUAUUUACUAACAUGCAGAGUCGAUCACAAUUAAACUAUAACGACUAAAGUAGUGCAUUGUUAAACUAUCUGGAAAGCCCAGUUAGCAAGGUAUAAACUGAGUUGGCCAUAAUAAACAACAUCGCUCCACGAGUUGGAAAUACCGCACGACCUGAAGCCGCUUUAGCUGAAGGCUCUGAAGGCAACCCAAGUGUGGUCUGGAUUUGAAAAAUAGGAGAGUCCUCCCGUUUGUCUACUACAAGAUGGGCAUCUAAGCAGUGUGCUCUUAUGGCUCGUCUCCUGCUCUGACCCCCCGGUACAUCCAGGAUCAAACAUGAGCAUAAGCAGCGAUGAGGUCAACUUCCUGGUGUACAGAUAUCUGCAGGAGUCAGGCUUCUCCCACUCGGCCUUCACGUUUGGCAUAGAGAGCCACAUCAGCCAGUCCAACAUCAACGGCGCCCUGGUGCCCCCUGCCGCCCUCAUCUCCAUCAUCCAGAAGGGGCUGCAGUAUGUGGAGGCAGAAGUCAGCAUCAAUGAGGACGGCACGCUGUUUGACGGCCGGCCAAUCGAGUCGCUGUCGCUGAUCGACGCGGUGAUGCCGGACGUGGUUCAGACGCGGCAGCAGGUGUACCGGGACAAGCUGGCCCAGCAGCAGGCCGCAGCCGCCUCCUCCGCGGCCUCGUCCACCAACGCCACCACGCCCGGGGGCACCAAGAAUGGAGACAACGCCGCCAACGGGGAGGAGAACGGAGCACACUCCCUGGCCAACCACCAUGCUGAGAUGAUGGAGGUGGACAGGGCGGUGGAGAUCCCCGCCAGCAAGGCCAUGGUGCUGCGCGGCCACGAGUCGGAGGUGUUCAUCUGUGCCUGGAACCCCGUCAGCGACCUGCUCGCCUCCGGGUCUGGAGACUCGACAGCUCGUAUCUGGAACCUGAGCGAGAACAGCUCGAGUGGCUCUACGCAGCUGGUCCUGAGACACUGCAUCCGAGAGGGUGGCCAGGACGUGCCUAGCAACAAAGACGUCACCUCACUCGACUGGAAUAGUGAGGGUACGCUGCUGGCGACUGGCUCAUACGACGGCUUCGCCAGAAUAUGGAUUAAAGACGGUAACCUUGCCAGUACUUUGGGACAACAUAAAGGUCCCAUAUUUGCUCUGAAGUGGAACAAAAAAGGCAACUUCAUUCUCAGCGCUGGGGUAGACAAAACCACAAUCAUCUGGGAUGCACACACAGGAGAAGCAAAACAGCAAUUCCCAUUCCAUUCGGCUCCGGCGUUGGACGUGGACUGGCAGAGCAACACCACGUUUGCCUCCUGCAGCACUGACAUGUGCAUCCACGUCUGCAAGCUGGGCCAGGACAGACCCAUCAAGACAUUCCAGGGUCACACGAACGAGGUGAACGCCAUCAAGUGGGAUCCCCAAGGCAACCUGCUGGCCUCCUGUUCCGACGAUAUGACUCUGAAGAUCUGGAGUAUGAAACAGGAGGGCUGUCUGCAUGACCUGCAGGCCCACAGUAAGGAGAUCUACACUAUUAAAUGGAGCCCCACGGGACCAGGCACCAACAACCCCAACGCCAACCUGAUGCUAGCCAGCGCGUCCUUCGACUCCACAGUGCGACUGUGGGACGCAGAACGUGGCGCCUGCAUCCACACGCUCACACGCCACCACGAGCCCGUCUACAGCGUCGCCUUCAGCCCCGACGGGCGGCUCCUAGCCAGUGGCUCCUUCGACAAGUGUGUGCACAUCUGGAACACGCAGAGUGGUGCGUUGGUGAACAGCUACAGGGGGACGGGGGGCAUAUUCGAGGUGUGCUGGAAUGCAACGGGGGACAAAGUGGGAGCCAGUGCAUCAGACGGAUCAGUGUGCGUGCUAGACCUGCGGAAAUGACAACGCCAUCAGGAAGCCAUGGACCGACUCUGAAUGUGUACAUAGCCAAAUUGACUGUCUGUCUGUUCCUGGUCCAUCCACUGCUGUAGGUCCCUCCUGAAGUCGCCCACUGUUCAGCCCACGCAUAUAGAGGCCGCAGUGCUGCCUCUCCUUUGUGCGCCAGUCAAACAGUAGAGCGAACACGGUUUCGCUUUUUGUUCUCAACCACAAGACUGUUGGAACACAUGUACACACACUUACAAACGCACACGUACACACACACACACACACACCACACAUGCCGAGGCCACAUAUCGCUGUUUGUGUCUCCCUCGCUUUCUCUCACACUUAGUGUCAAUAGAUCAUUCAGCUCAUACAUUACUGCUGGUGUGUGCAUAUUGUACGCAUCAGUGUUUCAGUUUGCCAUUGCGUGUUUGAGUUGGAACAUUUUUCUUCCCCACCCACCCCACAUCCAGGUUUUGCUAGUCAGACGAAGAACCACCUUGAUCAAGGUUCUUAAUCUUUACUCAUGGGGGGGUUUACAAACUUGCGGUCUGAAUGAAACUAAGGCGGUGAUUGAGGAAGCACACUCUUGACGGGUGUGGCACAGACACUUGUUUUGCAUAUGGCAAUCGCUCCGCACCUCCGUGACUAUGCCAAAACUCACCACAGUAGAGACGAGCUUGGCACCAUAUCUGAGUAUCUUGUAUGUCUGUUCUGUUUUUUCCUUUUUUGUUUGUUUUUUGUUUUAUGUUUUCUUAUUAUAUGUGACGGCCCCAUAGAAAUGAAUUGCGUUAAUGGAUAUCUAACUGUAACAACUGACUGGCCUGAGCCACACAGUACACAUUGCUGACUUUUCAUUCAUUCGAACACUUUUUUUUAUGUGUAUGACUGUGGAUACACGUACUGUCAUCAAAUACGCGAGUUAUUCUGCCUGAUGUAAGGCAUGUCACAGGCAUGUGGUAGCCGAGAUGGUCAGUGAAAACUCAGCUGGUCCUUGUACUUGAUGAGUUUAAAUCCAAAAGGGUUCCAGCGGAGAACCCCGGAAAAAGAGGGUAGCGCGCGGGGGGGGGUGGGCAGGGUAAUCUGAGGUGGUCCAGCCAUUGAACCUUUUCAAGCCGCUACAACGUUUCUGUUCUGGUCUGAUGCAUUGCCCUGUGUACAUUUGCCACGGAUAAACUGGUGACGAUUGUUGGUAAUUCACCGAAUCUUGACACGCUAGUGAGUGUAAGUGGUGGACGCGUUGUCGUUUUCCUGUCAUUGCUCUCAUCAUCGUAGAGUACAGGAGCUUAACAGUCAGGCCAUCCCCAGUGUUGGUUGGCUGAUAACGUGACACUUAUUCCAAGAACAAGGCUAAGUGGCUAAACCUGGCUAUGUUAACCUACAGGAAGUGGUAGACCUGCUAAUAGAUCGUCAACUGGUGUCAUUUAGCGAAGAUAAUGAGGACUCCAGGCUCUUCUAUUACAUGAUUUACCACUUACCUUAGGUUAAGUUAACUGGUUUACUACUUAGCCGGGUUCUUGGGAAUACCCAGGGCUCCCUUAGGUAAAGCCAUGUGUCAUUUCAUCUGUGCACAGGCAGAAACGUUGAAACUAAACCAAGUGACUUGGACGCAGAUGGUUGUCUGACUGUCCCACUGUGUUGUGAAGUCAGCAAGGUUCCUGUCUGCUCGAUGGCCUUGAGCAGUGUCGUCAUGUUUGCUUAGUCAAGGAGGAGGACACAGUUCUCAUACAUGGUGAACUGAAGAUACACGUUUUGUUUUUAUUACACAGUAUCAUUUAGUACUGGAUUGCAGGGUCAUGAUUACAGACGUCUAAGAGAAAUGUGUCAAGAAACUGAAAGAAACGGUAUAUAUACAUAGAUAUAAAAUAUAUGCUACUGCUAUGAGUAGCAUUUUUUUUUUCAGGCUACUAGAAAAAAUAUUAUUUUAAGACAUUCUUGAGUUUGGAACAGUCUGUGUGCUUGUUCUGAAUAAAUGUCAUUACCAUUAGCUGUAAUGUAUAGUGUUUUAUGUUUGUCCGUUUGUUUUUGUUUUACACAAUGAAAUACCAUUACACAGUCAUAACUAUAGUGGAGCUGCUACUUCCCCAGUCAACCACAAGGAAUUUAUUUCCCUGCACUUUAAAUGAACUUGAUUUUAGCCAGCACUUAAAGAUGGUUGGAAGGAAGUAUGUGUGUUGUAUUUUUUCCCCCAUCUGGAAUUAUCCUCUCCACUUUAUGCCUCACACUGAUGGAGCCUGUACAGGUGUGUUGUGUUGUGUUGUGUUGUGUGUGUGUGUGUGUGUGUGUGUGUGUGUGUGUGUGUGUGUGUGUGUGUGUGUGUGUGUGUGUGUGUGUGUGUGUGUGUGUGUGUGUGUGUGUGUGUGUGUGCGUGUGCGUGUGCGUGUGCGCCUGUACAGAAAGGAGGUGCUUUGAAAAACAAAACAGUGUUGAGAGAAAGUGCGGUGGCUUGGGGCCAACUUCAUGGCAUUCCAUGUUGUAUCAUUCAGUAGCAUAGCAUUGCAGGGCUCACAAAGCCAAACCUUACUCAUGAAUAGCCUCCAUUGCGAUGUGUUUUUCUGUUCUUUUCUCUCUUUUUUUUUUAAAUUCAAAAUGUCACGGCUUAAUUUUUUUUGUUUUUUGUUUUGUAAAGAGUUUAGAGUAUUUUGAAGUUUGCUUUAAUAUAAUCAACAGUAAUUAGAUUGUAUCAUAAGACACUAUUUAUUAUAUUGUCUACGACAGUGGAAUGGUAUUUUAUAAUGUCUUGAUUUUAAAGAGAUGCUUUUUACAGUGCAUUUGAGUGUUUUUGCUUCCUUUUUGGUUCAACCUAAAAUGCCUAGUUUUAUCUUUACUAUGUCUGUGACCCUUGAUGUUUUUUGUACUUUGAAAACUUUUUAUAAUUCUGUCUACAGAAGGAAAACACCCGGCUGUACCUUACCAUCCCCUUGGACCACACAAAUACUUGUUUGAUAUAUAUUUUUUCUCGAUUGCUCUGUGUCCUUGUCCUGAUGUACCAUGCCCCCCUCCUCGCUCACAUCCCAUUGCAGAUACUAUCUUUACAAUGUUGAUCUGGCUGUUGUGAUUUGGGUCAGGUCAGAGAAGAAGUUCAGAAUAAAAUAUAUUUUGAUAAUGA